AUGUUGGAACCCAAAUUCUCUUUGCCAGAUCGCUCCUAUAUCCAUGGAAAAUGGGUAGAAUCAUCAAAGAGAGAAACCUUGACACUUUAUUCUGCCCACGAUGACUCUGUUGUUCUCGAAGGUCUUCAAUGUGCAAAUGCGGCAGAUGUGGAUGUAGCAGUCGACUCGGCUGAAAAAGCUCUUCCGGUAUGGAAGGCUAUGAACACGAGCCAGAAAAGAGCGGUAUUUCUUCGAUUUGCCGACCUGGUCGUCGAAAGUGCAGAGAGAUGUGGAUAUCUAGAAGCUAUCGUUGUGGGCAAGCCAGCAUAUUUCGCUGCUCGUGAAGCCUACAUGGUAGCAGAGUGGUUCAGAUUUUAUGCCGGGUUUAUCGACAAGUUCGGUGGUGAAUGCCACCCCGCCGAUCAUGAAGGUUAUCUGCGACUGGUACGUCGAGAGCCUUACGGAAUCUGUGCGUCGAUCAAUCCAUUCAAUGCUCCACUUUCCACGUUUGCCUUUAAGGUAGCUCCAGCUCUCGCCGCAGGAAACGUGAUGAUUGCCAAAGUCAGCGAGUAUAACCCGCUGAGCACAUUGAUAAUGGGUGAAUUGGCGACCAAGGCAGGAUUCCCUCCAGGCGUCCUAAAUGUGAUAGUAGGUACAGCUGAGGCAGGAAUUGCUUUGAGCCAUCAUAUGAAGAUCCAGAACAUCAGCUUCACCGGAAGUGUGGCCGUCGGAAAGCAAGUGCAGCUGGCGGCAGCGAAUUCUAACUUGAAGACAGUAACUCUAGAGCUCGGGGGGAAGUCACCAUUCUUGGUUUUUGAAGACGCUGAUCUUGAGAAAGCGAUUGCGAACUCGGCCUCAAAUAUUCUUACGCUGAAUGGACAAGGUUGCAUUCUCGGCACGAGAGUCUACGUCCACGAAUCUUUGGCAGAGGAUUUUGUUGCAGGCAUGAAAGCUAAGAUGGAUAAAUAUUGUGAGACCCUGGGAAACAACCCACUUGAUAUAACAACAGCUUCUAUGCCGCUGGCACACCGAGCGCAGCUGCAACGAGUUCUUGAUUUCCUUGAGAUUGGGAAGAAGGAGGCGAGUUGCGUCCGAGGCGGGGUCCGCUUCAGCACCAAGGGUUGCUAUGUAGAACCCACGAUCUUCUUCAAGCCUCCACCAGAUGCAGAGAUUGUGCGAAAAGAGAUAUUUGGCCCGGUUUUGUGCAUCCUCACCUUUUCUACCGAAGAGGAGGCCAUCGCUGCAGCUAAUGAUACCGAAUUUGGCUUGGGUGCAUACAUCUUCACCAAAAGCAUAGACCGCGCGUUGCGUGUCUCUGCUCAGCUGGAGGCAGGAUCAGUCUGCAUCAACAACACUGCUGUUGUUCAUCCAAGUGUCCCAUUUGGCGGAUACAAAAGCAGCGGAGUCGGCCGUGAGAAUGGCAUAUCUGCACUCCAUCACUUCACACAGGAGAAAUCUGUUAUCAUCAAGUAUGAGUAG